UUCUGGCUAUUAUAGGGGAGACGGGCCAUAACGGUGUUUUUUUUUUUUUAAGACGAGACAAAAAAAAAAGCAUGUCAGUUUUAAAAUAUCGCAAGUUCUCUUUAACUGUAUUGGUUGUUUUCUUUGUAUUAAAUUGCCUAGGAGUGCAUUUAUUAUUUGUCGUUUGAAAAUGGAAUAAUCGCUUUCCAAGGGCAUAAUGUUUCUGUCAUAACAACAUUUACUAGAAAAAAAAAAGACCACUGUUACGCCUACCGUAAACUAUUACACUUUUGUCAUGGUACCUAAACGAGGCUGCUGUGACGUCUCGGCGUUUGGUAGUUGUAGCCUUUCUGACACUUGAACCUGCGGGUUUCUGGAGUGUGGGACAGGGGAGAGAAAUUCGCGUUGCACGCGAAUUAUACAGUACAGUGCUGUAAUGUGUUUGUAACCGAGAGGAUUGGGAUGAAUAUGUGGCCACACAAUCAAAAGAGAAAGGGAAACGCAACGAGGUCACGUUUGUAGUCAAUUAGAAAAGUAGUAUGUGUUUUUCGUACAAAACAAUGCGAAACAAUUACAUUGUAUUCACGGGGUAAAAAUUGCAAGUGUAUUCGCUAUACCCUUUUGUAUAAAUAAGCAGCGCGGCACCAGUAAACUAUAGAUGUCCUUUUUGUAUUGUAUUUAAUUGCAGUUUAAGGUAAAUCAUUUUCUGGCAGACCAGAGUCAUGUUUAACAGGGCCCCUCCACACUGGAUGUGGCCACCCUUUGGAACCAACCAGAGCGAACCGGGGUUCCCGCUUGGAACAGCCUGCUUGCUUGCAGUUGUUUUGUUUGUGUGGUUUAUUGAUGCAGACCUCUGUCUUGAUCCAGAUCUGGUUUUACCCCCGCACAUGCAAGUUUGGCACCUGCUGACCUACUCGUUCUGCCACAAGGGAGCACCCUCCUUGCUCUGCAAUGCAGCCCUGCUGAUAGUACUGGGACAGUGUCAGGAGCGUCGAUGGGGCACGGUCCGCUUUCUGGUUCUCUCGCUCAUCUCUGCCACGGCCCCUGCACUGAUCUAUGCUCUCCUGGUCAAUCUGGGGGUUGGACGUCCUGGUCCAGUCUGUGGGUAUUCUGUGGCACACUUUGCCAUGCUGUCAGCUCAUUGCCGCCACGCCAGACAGAGGAAGAUCCUGCACCAGGUACCUGUGCCAGCCUUGCCAUGGUUACUGCUUAGCCUGACAUCACUUCUGCUGCCUGACUCGCCUGCUCUCCUGCACCUGUGUGGGGUCUGUGUUGGAACCAGCUACAGCUCUUCUUUUCUAGGCUGGCUGGAGAAGGGGGAGGGGCUGGCAGUCUUUCGACCCCUCCCACACAAUUUCUUUAUGCUGUCAGGGAGGAGAGACCAGCUGCCCUUGACCAGUACUGACAGAAGACCCCAGUUGUCUCCAGACCCGUCCUUGGCCUUGCCUCCCCCAGCGCCCGCCCCCUUCAACAGACCCCAUUGGCCAGUCUACCACACACCUCCAGCCCACUUGGGAUCCGCUUCCUUUGAGUGGGCGGCAGAAGGGGCGCUGGCUGCCUCCGAGAGUCUCCUAUUGGAGGAGGAGCUCCUAAGGGCGGGGAUACUUGCGUCUCUCCAGGAGAGCCCAGGGGAGAGCCCUGACAAACUGGAGGUCCCCAAGUCUUCAGUGUCCUCCUUGCGCCUUCAGCAACUGGAACGAAUGGGUUUCCCCACAGAGAAAGCAGUGGUGGCACUGGCAGCCUCUGGGAAGCUAGAGGGCGCUAUUUCCCUUCUGAUCGACAAUCGGGUUGGAGAGGAAGCUGUUGUGACAACCAGAGGAAAGGCUCUUCCAUCCCAGAGGCCUGCUUGAGCUGCCACACUGCGGAACUACAAGACUGGGAAGGAUGUGAAAAGCUGUAGUUUGAUAUACAAAAAAUAUCUGGACAAAAUUAGGAUCAACUUUGUCACCUGGAAAUCUAAGAACUGAACUGCCUCACUAUUAUACUGUAAUAUACUUUCUUUCUGCUGGAAAAGUUCAAAUAUCUGGCACUUUUUUGGUUUAUUAACUUUUAACAACUAGUUUAUCGUUAAAUGUUCAUUUGUUAACGUUAAUAUGUAGUAACCAAUUAAUAAACCAUUAUUGCUUUUAAAAAUAUUAUUAAACAACUUUGCGAACAUGUUAUCUAGUUUUUAACAGUUUAAACAAAAAAGUAAAACCACAACAGAUAUUUACAUCAAUUUAUAGAUGUUCCCAGCAAAUAAUGUCAGCGCAAAGCUGUGUAUUGCCAGUAAUACAAAAAGAAAAAGCCAACAAAACGAGCCUUAACCCGUUUAGUAGAUGGUGGCUUAUUAAAUAGACACUUUGGCUGACCUGUCCUGGGUUAUGUACAUGUCUAUUGCAUUUAAAAACAUGGAGAUAAUUGGCAACAUAUUUCCCCUCAAAACCAGUGGCAUUUUACAGACAAGCAAAACUUUACAGUACAGUCAAUAAAUUGGACAAAAUGGAAAACUAUGAAAAAGUUUAUGAUGCAUACGCUGUUUCAAAACAUUUGACAUGUAGAAAAAAGCCACAUUAGAAUAAAGGAACCAACCAUAUAAACGUGAGGCCUCGAUGUAAUGUGAAAAUGGCUAAAUUGCAGUAUCCAGUGAUAUUAAAAUAUUUUUUUUUAUAUUAUGUGACUAGAGCUGUUCAGAAACAUCAUUUGAUUGCACUGAAAAAUGGCAAUACCCUAAAUAUCCCAUGGAGAAUCCCAGAAGAAUCCCAAAAUACUCAAAUAUAAUUUUCCAUCUUCUACUAGUGCAAUGAAAAUAACUAUUGAAAACUAAAGAGGUUUUUUGGUCAUAUAAAAAAAAAAUUAUUUAAUUAGUUUCUCUCUUGUAAAUCACGACACAAGUUAGAAUUUAAAAACAUCAGAAAGACUUACAGUACAUUGUUACAGACACUUUCGCAAAUGAUUUUCAGAAAAAAACAACAUACUGAUUACACAGUG